AUGGCGGCGCUCGCACUUGCGAUUACAUGCCCGGUCGUCGUGGGUAUCGUCGUGCUGUACACGAUGCUUGUCAAGCGCUGCUGCGGGCCGCUGUACGUCGAGCCGAGCCCGCUCGGCCACUUGGAUACCGACAUGUCGGACAGUUAUGCCCUUACGACGCGGGACACUGUUGUACCGCAGCUGGACGCGCGGCAACUGCGGCUUGUACGCCUGUUGGCGCCACCCAGUGAUAGCUUUCAAGUGUACGUUGGCACGUACUAUGCAGGGAAUGGCACGCUCGACGUGGCGGUCAAGCGACUGACGCCGUUGCGGCAAGCGGACCACGAGUUUGUGCGGCAGUUUACAGACCACAUUCACCUGCUGUCUCGAUUGCGGCACGCCAACGUCGUCACGGUCGUCGGCGUUGUGUGGCACCACCAGUUUAAUGCUGAAGUAGCGUUCGAGUACAUGUCGCAAGGGUCGCUGCGGGACCUCCUGGCGGCAACCAAUCCGCUCACCGUCGCCUGGCCUGACAAGAAGCACCACCUCGCACUGGAUGUGCUCUUGGGGCUCACGUAUUUACACAGCCAAGAUGUCUUGCACCAGCAGCUGACGAUGGACGCCGUGCUUCUCACCAUGUCGGCCCACCGCGUCACGGCCAAGAUUGCCAGCAUUCCGUUUCAACGCGAUGAUGUUUUGUCUUCGCGCAUGUCGGCGUCAUCGUCCGUGUCGUCGUCGUCGUCCCGUUGGAGUGACGUCGUGCGUCAAACGACGACCUAUGUCAGCAGUCGCUUCUCGCAGACGCUGAAGACAGAGCUCAAGACGUGGGUCGCACCCGAAGUGCUCCGAGGCGAGAAACCGUCGGCGGCCAGCGACAUGUACUCGUUCGGUGUCCUCCUCUCGGUCCUCGACUCGCACGAAGACCCGUACAAGCACCACAUUACGCAGAUGGACAAUGAUAUUCUGCUGCAGCGCAUUAGCCACGGCACGCUGCGGCCGACGCUCUCGGUGUUGUGUCCACCGGGAAUUACCGAGCUCGCGCUUGCGUGUUUAGAAAGCAACCCGUUGGAUCGUCCGACGGGCUCGAGCGCCGUCGCGUACCUUCAAGCUCCGAUGACGUCGUUUGCGAGUUCGCACAGUGUGUCGAUGCGACAGAGUCCGACCAUUGUGUUGUAA